GCAAACUUUCAAAGAUACCUGAUGAAAUAAAAGUAGAAUUAGAACGCUACUACAAAGAUACUACUUUUAUUUUGAAUGGGGACAAUAGAAAGUUCCCUAAACUUAAUUUUGAGACUGCAGAUUACAUAAUAGAUGGCUUAACUCCUCAAUGGGCUGAUUUAGAUUUUAAUAUGCUCGUGAACAAUGUCAAGUACAUUCGGUGGAUUCUUGAGAGCAUUCCAAUGUCUAUGUUGGAGACACAUCAGAUGUCCAGCAUGGUUCUUGAGUUUAAAAAGGAGUGUAGAAUGGGCGAUGUAUUGCAAUCCCUCGCUGCUGUCUCCUCUGUAAGCUCCAAUUCCUCAUCUGAAUUUAAAAUUGUGUGUAGGCAUCUGCUCCAGCUCAAAAGUGGGCCUGCUCUUGUGGAAGGACUAACAACUUGGGUACAAAAGGUUUGAAAACCAGAUGAUUACUUGAGCAACAUCCCUAAAUCAAAUGUUCAGACACUUGAAAGAUAAAUAUAAUAUCCAUAAUAAAAUAAAGACAGCUAAUUUCUUGUCCCUAUUUUAAAGCUCAAAUGAUGGUCUUCGCCUCGGCCUCUAGCGAGCAAUUACAAUAAAUUGGAGGUUUGGUGUUCUUGUGGUAUCCUUGUCUAUAGUGCUUCAAUUAAUAUAUUACGAGUUAGUAGUUGUUGCUUAUAUGGAGGAAUUGUAAGCCUUGUAUUCCCAUGUAUAUCUUUCGGUCAAAUCUGGCUCUUAUGUUUCAGAAAAAACUUUGUUUACAUAUGAUAUAAGUGUAUUAAACUUUAUAAUCUAUAUAUUAUAUUAUCUUGGUUGCAGCA